ACGAUGACCAAAAUACAGCUCUGAUAUGAAGUUGCACAAUCCCGAGUAACAACAACGCUCGAGCUCAAGAGGGAGGCGGACUAGGCUAGUUUAGACCCAUCCAGUUUAGUGUAGGCCAGGGAGUGUGGAGGAGUGGUCCUCCUAUGUUGUAGUAAAUGUAGCGAAGUAAAAAGAUUGGUAAACGCACAGAUGGCCAGUUAUGACAGUGAGAAUCUUCAAUUGAGACAAGAGGAAAUUGAAAUUUUGAAUUCUAUUUACAUCGAUGAACUUUUAAUUACAGAGCAAUGUGGAAUUGCUGAGUGUAUUGAGAUUGUACUGCAUCCAGCAACAGCAGGCCAAGCACAUGAACAGUAUGUGUGCUUAACACUCAUUCUACAUAUACCACAGGCAUAUCCACAUGCAGAGCCAAUAAUCAGCAUAAAGAACCCAAGAGGAAUAUCUGAUGAGUUUGUUGACAGUUUGAAGAAAACACUGGAGGAACAUGCUACUGAGAACCUUGGCAAUCAAGUUCUGUUUAUGCUUAUUCAGCAUGCAAAGGAUAGCUUGACACACAACAACACUCCCAGCUGUAAUUGUGCGGUGUGCCUCACUGGGUUCCAGGAUGAUGAUGCCUUUACCAAAACAGAAUGUUAUCAUUAUUUCCAUAUAAGUUGCCUGGAGAGGUAUAUUGAUGUUUGCACAAAAGACCAUGAAAAGGAAGCUGCUGAGAUUGAGGAGAAUAGAAUACCACAAGAGAAGAAGGAACUCAAGAUUGUAUGUCCGGUAUGUAGAGAACCUAUCUCCUAUGUGAGUGACCUAGAGACCAAAGGCUUAGAAGUUGUGAAAUCAGUUGAAGAUGAUUCCUUUGAGCCAGAUGAAUCCAUGAGAAGAUGGCAAGAAGAGAUGAAGAAGUUGUUUAACAAACAGAAAGAGAAAGGUGGCAUCAUAGAUCUUGAAGCAGAGAGUAAUAGAUUCCUUCUUGAUAUCUCAACUACUGUGUCAACUCCUUCCUUAUCAACUAUUCCUCCUGGUGAUAAUAUAAACUGUUCAGCACCAAAAAGUGAAUAUUGUGACAAGCGAAACACAGUCCAUUCAAGAUCAAGAAGAGAAAACUACCACAAAUAUGGUAACCGGUCAUAUAGAGAUGCAGAACGGCAGAGACAGCAGCCAGGCAAGGAACUUGGAUGCAAUGGAAAUGGCGGGAAUGAUAAUGCUAGUAUGGAUAAGUCAUGUGAAGAAGUUUCAUCAUUUGCUACAAAAUCUGUGGCAGAAGACUCUACUGAACCUAAUAACAUUCAGGAUGUAUCGCAGGAUGGGAUAAGUAGGAACCAGGCACCUGAGGAGACACCAGAUCUAAAGGAAUGUGAAGAAGAGCUUAAAGAGGGGACAGAUUAUCAAUUGAAUUGUAGUGUGUCAGAAAAAUCAGAAAGCUCUGAACAUGUCUCUGACACUGACAGUACAAAACAAAAAAAGUUGAUUGAUACAGAGCAGGAUAAGGGUGCAGAACUUGAUGGAAUUAAGUCUGGUCAAAUAGACGAAAAGGAAAUGAUACAAACAGAUAGAACACAGAAUGAAAAAAGGAAUGUACAGGAUAAUAGGAGAUCAAAAAGUGGAUAUAAUCAUGGACAAAAUAGAGGAAGAAAUAACCAUUAUUUUAGAACAGGAGAAAGAAAAUUUGGUAAUUGGAGGAAAAGAGAUGUAAAUAAUUGUACUAAAGAUGAAAGUCAUAGAUCAGAGGAAUCCAUGGCAAAAAGUCAGCAUUAUCAUAGAUCAAGUGGUACCACGGCAGGAAGUCAAAAUCAGAGAAGAUCAGGUGGUGCCAGUCACCAUCAAAGAAGAUCAGAUGAUGCCACGGGAGGAAAUCAACAUCAAAGAAGAAAUGGUGAUUUCACAGCAGGAAGCCAGUAUCAAAGAAGAUCAGGUAGUGGCAGUCAAUAUCAAAGAAGAAGUAGUGGUGGUUCCACGGCAGGGAGUCAACAGCAAUAUAGGUCAGGUGGUGGCACAGCAAGAAGAAAUAUUUCAGAAAGUAGUGAGAUUAAGGGUUCGGAGAAAAAACAAGAUGUGAGUGAUGGGCUAUUAAAGGAAAUAUUGCAUGGUAGUAAUGAUAAUAAUGAAAAAGGCAUUAGACACAAAACAACACAUUCAGCUAGGAAUCCAUCAUCAAGAAAAGAUGAUGAUAAUAGAUAUCUCAGGGAAAAUAAACCAAUCAAAAAAGAUGGACAAUCAAAUACUGGCCAUCAAAGAUACAGGCAUCAAAGAUAUCAGAGAAACCCCAAAAAAUUCUCUGUUGAGGCAGGGAAAAAAACUAAUAUUGAAGAUCAUUUACAGCAGUCUGCUGUUACAAAACAACACAACACAAAUGACAAUUUUCAAAAAGACUGUUCAAAAUUGAGUACUAGAAGUGAUGUUUCGAAAGAGGCAGCAGUCUGUACUGAUGACAGCAAACUGAAAUCAAUUACCCAGAAGGCUUCUCUUGAGGGUCCAGUGUCACAUCCUCCUGGUUUCAAAUCAAAAACACCAAUUUUGCCACCUCCUGGUUUUGAUUAAGGUUAUUUAUUAAAUAUCAUCUUAUGGUAUAAUCUUAAAAAUAUGAAUUUCCUAAGAGGACAAUUACAUUGUGUUUAGAAAGAUAUCUCAUUGAUAUGUAUUUAAUAUUAAUAAAUGCACUAUAUUAACAAAUA